AUGUUGAUUGGAGCAAGAGAAGAGGUGGAAGGUGUCACGAAGGAGCAAUUUGAGAAAUUGAAGAAGCUGGCCUUGGAGGCCCGUGAGCUGUCGUAUUCACCCUAUUCACAGUUUAGAGUUGGCUGCUGUCUGCUUACAAGUUCUCUUACAUUUGUCUGUGGAGCGAAUGUCGAGAACGCAAGCUAUGGGGGAGCUAUCUGCGCUGAAAGGACUACAAUUGUGAAGGCAGUCACUUCAGAAAACAGUACUGAAAGGGAUGAAAACAAGCAGCAAUGGUUGUGUAUGGCGAUCGCAGGAGACUCACUAGAGAGCUGUAUUUCACCUUGCGGGAUCUGUAGGCAGGUGAUCCGAGAAUUUGCAUCAGAUUCGUUUCCUAUAGUGAUGCUCAACGGUGAUGGCAGCCGCUGCGUGAUUAGAACGCUGGGAGAGCUGCUUCCGAUGAGUCUUGGUCCCGAUGACCUCUCAUAA